CCUCGUUCUUCUCCAUCUCCGAAAAUUUCUCUUUUCUCUCUCUCUCUCUCUCUUCCGGCAUUUGAGAUCAACUUCUAGCUAGAUUCAGAUCUGAGAGUCUCUUCGGCAAGACGAAAUCGAUCGAUCAAUAAUGGCGGUCGUCUCACCUUUGGCUAAGUACAAACUCGUCUUCCUCGGCGAUCAGUCUGUCGGCAAAACCAGCAUCAUCACUCGCUUUAUGUAUGAUAAAUUUGAUACAACCUAUCAGGCAACAAUUGGCAUUGACUUUUUGUCAAAAACGAUGUAUCUCGAAGAUCGUACUGUUCGAUUGCAACUCUGGGAUACUGCUGGACAAGAACGAUUUAGGAGUCUCAUUCCAAGCUACAUAAGAGAUUCGUCUGUUGCUGUAAUUGUCUAUGAUGUCGCUAAUAGACAGUCAUUCUUGAACACUUCCAAAUGGGUUGAGGAAGUUCGCACAGAACGGGGUAGUGACGUCAUAAUUGUUCUUGUUGGGAACAAAACUGAUCUGGUUGAUAAACGGCAAGUGUCAAUCGAAGAAGGAGAUUCUAAGGCUCGUGAAUCUGGGGUGAUGUUCAUCGAAACCAGUGCGAAAGCGGGCUUUAACAUAAAGCCAUUGUUUAGAAAGAUUGCUGGGGCAUUACCAGGGAUGGAAGCCUUGUCAUCCACAAAACAUGAUGACAUGGUUGAUGUGAAUUUGAAGCCAACAUCCAAUUCAUCCAACACAGACCAGCAAGGGGGAGGCUGUGCUUGCUAAAACGAUAGAGAAAACAAACCAUAUACUAUCUUAGUCAUAUUUUCUUUAUUCGAUUUGGGUUUCAUGCUUUUUUUCCUCCCCACAGAAGAAACAACAAAUUACUUGGAGAGAAUCAAAGAUGUGGAGGAAGUGUGAAGAGUUUCUUCUAUGUUGGUAUUUCUUCUUACCCUCGUUUAUUUCUUUCUUUCUGUAUACCGAUUGCAAUAGGAGAUACACUUUCUAGGAGAUACAUAUAGUUGUAGUAUCUAUAUGUGUGUGUGUUUACUUCCUUUAUAGGAAUCAUUUUUUCAUGGUCAAUUGAUAUAAGCAUUUCAAAUGCUCUUUACUUCA